AUGACUCCUAGGAACUUCCCAGGGGCUAAGAAGCAGCAGGAUUCAACAAGUGGGGAGUGGGGGGAUAGGGAGGGGUAUGAAAAUGUAUCGGGGGUGGAGCUGACUGAGAGGUGGCUUUUUACCACGUCAGGAAUUUGGUCAGCACGUCAUUUAGUUACUGGUCAGGCAGCAACUUAUGCCUCGUGGUUGAGUGCUGGGCGUGAUAGUACGAAGGAGCUCUCUGCAGCUUCUCAUACUUCUGUGUUGGACAGCACCUCCGUACCUCUAUCCCUGGAAUUUGAUAUCGUUUUUUUCAGGUUGAUCACCUUAUUUCGACUGACUGGAUUGGUGUUAUCCUACAACUUCAGUAGCUGUAAUCACUACCAAAUGGCCAGUGACUUUGAAAAUGCAAUAUAUAAUAAGAAACUGGAAUCUUUGUAUUCGGAAUCGCCGUCAUCUGAAAAUAGCGAUUUGUUCUGUGAAACUAAGAGUGGUUGUCUAACUGUCUUAGAGCAGCUUGCCCGCAAUUGGUCAAACAACUGUUCCUCUGAGAUGGGGGAAACUUUUGAUGAUUUCGUGAAUAGGACUCGCAUUGCCCUGAAGAAUUACUGUCCAGGCUUUCAGGAAAAUCAGGCAAACAAUAUUCAAACACCAGAAAAGAAUAUGGAAGAAAGAAUUAAAAUAAUGACAUGCUCUGAAAUAGCUAGAAACUUAUUAGAAAUUUGGAGAGAAUACUGGCAAGAAACAAAAAAUUUCACAGCUAGAAGAGGGAGGAAAAAGAAGAGAAGACAAAGUCUGAAUAAGUGAUAUAACACUACUGUAAAGAACUUUAAAGAAGAAAAACUAUAUUCUUAG